AUGCCAUACACCGGCGAUAUACCUGCAAGGCUGGUGCUGAAAGGCACCCCAAGAGAGAUUGGUCUCGCACAUGGUCGCCAGCUUCAACCCCAAAUCAAGGAUCAACUGGAGAUUUAUCGAGAGAUGUUCGAAUAUACCUCCAAAAUGGACUGGCCCCAGGUGCGCGCACUGGCGGAAGAAUUUCGCUUGACGGCAGAGCAAACCAUUCCCGAUAUCCACGCAGAGAUGCAAGGUAUCGCGGACGGCGCGGGGGUGGAUUUGCUGGAUAUCGUGGCGUUAAAUUGUCGGAGUGAGAUUUCAUUGGGAAGAUUUUCAGACGGAUGCACAGCGCUUUCGUGGAAGAUGAGUGAACAGGCCAGGACCUUGGCGCAGAACUGGGACUGGACCACGAGCGUAGGGAAGAACAUGGCGAUGGUGCGCAUUGAACAGCCCGGUAAACCGGUGAUCCACAUGGUGACUGAGGCAGGAAUUGUUGGCAAGAUCGGAUUCAACAGCGCCGGAGUUGGCGUCGGUUUAAAUGCCAUCAAGGCACCUGUGUGUGACAGCUCGAAAGUUCCCAUCCACGUCGCUCUCCGGCUAUGUCUCGAGAGUGACUCCGUCGACGCAGCCCUAGAACGACUAACCUCCCUCGGGGGUGCAGCUUCGAGUCAACAUAUUCUCCUUGCCGACAGCUCGAAAUCACUGGGACUUGAGUUGUCUCCUCUCGGCGAUGUUCAUAUCGAGGAGGAUCAGAACGGAAUGAUUAUACACACAAAUCACUUCAUCGCAAACGACCAUGUGCGGCAACCGCCAUGGCUUCCGGGCUCUACGGUGCGACUAUCGCGGUGCCAACAGCUUUGUGACGAACUCAUCCAGGAAGGAGUUGCUGGAAACAAGAUUACCCCGAGCCUUUUGAGAGAACGGAUCUUCUCAGAUAGGUAUAAUGCUCCAGAGGGCAUCUGCUGCUCCGAGGAUCUAUCCUUGCAUCCAACCCAGCACUGUUCAACAUUGUUCAACAUCGUGAUGCAUCUGGAACCAGGCCAGCUGGGGGCCGAAGUCGUUUUCGGGCGCCCUGGGUAUGAGGAGGAGAGUACCGUAGUCAAGUUACCAUGGUAA